AUGGUUCUUCAGGAUCUCGGUCGACGCAUCAGCGGCGCAUUGCACGAUGCGACUCGUGCUCCCAACCUUGACGAGAAGACCUUCAAAGCCAUGCUCAACGAGAUCUCCGGCGCCCUCCUCGAAGCCGAUGUCAACGUGCGACUAGUCAGCCGCCUAAAGAACUCCAUAAGUACCACCGUCAACUUCAAGGAGCUCCCGCCCGGCGUCAACAAGAAGCGAUUAGUCCAGAAAGCCGUCUUCGACGAACUCGUCAAGCUCGUCGACCCCCAUGCCGAACCCUUCAAGCCCAAGAAGGGCAAGUCGAACGUCAUCAUGUUCGUUGGUCUACAAGGUGCCGGAAAGACGACGACAUGUACGAAGCUUGCGCGACACUACCAAGCCAGAGGCUUCCGAGCCUGCCUCGUCUGCGCCGAUACCUUCCGAGCAGGUGCCUUCGACCAGCUGAAACAGAACGCGACCAAGGCCAAAAUCCCAUACUACGGUUCCCUGACGGAAACGGACCCGGCCAAGGUUGCCAGAGAGGGCGUUGACAAGUUCAAGAAGGAGCGGUUCGAGGUCAUCAUCGUCGAUACCUCGGGUCGGCAUCGACAGGAGUCUGCGCUGUUCCAGGAGAUGAUGGACAUCCAAGAAGCGGUCAAGCCCGAUGAGACUAUCAUGGUCCUCGAUGCUUCGAUCGGUCAGCAGGCCGAGAACCAAGCCAAAGCCUUCAAGGAAGCGGCGGACUUUGGAGCCAUCAUCAUCACCAAAACAGAUGGUCAUGCGAGUGGAGGUGGUGCUAUAUCUGCUGUGGCCGCUACACAUACUCCUAUCGUUUUCAUUGGAACCGGAGAGCACAUGCUGGAUUUUGAGCGUUUCGCACCGCAACAAUUCGUCAACAAGCUGUUAGGAAUGGGAGACAUGGCAGGGUUGGUGGAGCACGUUCAGUCCCUCAAGCUGGACCAGAAGGAUACGAUCAAGCACAUCACCGAAGGUAUCUUCACAAUACGCGACCUCCGCGAUCAGCUCAGCAACAUCAUGAAGAUGGGCCCUCUGUCCAAAAUGGCCGGCAUGAUACCCGGAAUGUCAAACAUGCCAGGUAUGGCCGGCAUGGACGACGAGGAAUCGAGCUCACGCCUGAAGCGCAUGAUCUACAUAUGCGACAGCAUGACCGAGAAGGAACUCGACAGUGAUGGCAAGAUGUUUAUCGAGCAGCCCACGCGUAUGACGCGAGUGGCCUGCGGCAGCGGUGUCAGCGUACGAGAAGUCGAGGAUCUGCUGACGCAGCAGCGCAUGAUGGCCGGCAUGGCCAAGAAAAUGGGUGGCAGCAUGAAGAACAUGCAAAAAGCACAGCAAGCCAUGGGCGGCGGAAACAAGGCUCAGCAGAUGGCAGCCAUGCAGAAGAGACUGCAGAGUAUGGGUGGAGCAGGUGCGGGCGGUAUGCCAGACAUGGCCAGCCUGGCGAAGAUGUUUGGCGGCGGCGGCGGAGGUAUGCCUGGCAUGCCCGGUGGGAUGGACAUGCAGAAGAUGAUGGAGAGUAUGGGCGGUAUGAUGGGAGGCGGACGAGGAGGCGGAAGAAGGUAG